AUGGACCCUGCAGAUUUACAGCCGUUGCUUGACCAGCUUGGCGACGAUGUCGAUGACCUGGAAGAAGUUCUUCAGCCUAUCCUGGCAAGCGGACUCCUCAAAAGCUCGAGCAAACUACCCGUAAUGGACAAAGCGAAACUUUAUGUGAAGAUCACAUAUGCGCUGGAAUCACUAAUUUUCUCUUACUUGAGACUCCAUCGCACCAAUGCCCAGCAGCACCCGGCGUUCACGGAAUUGGUCCGCCUGAAGCAGUACUUUGUCAAGAUCAAAGGCCUUGAAACUGAGCCCGAAGAACGCCAGAUGACACUGGAUAAAGAAGCCGCGAGCCGCUUCAUCAAGCACGGGCUUGCUGGCAAUGACAAGUACGACCUCGAACGAGCCGAAAAGCAGGCCAAGGAAAGAGCUCGCGCCCAGCUAAAAGCUGAAAUGCUUGCUCGCAAAAGCCAAGAAACCUCUGCUAGUGGCGCCACAUCAGAAGCACAAACCAACGAUGACUCUGACAACGAUGACUCUGACGGCGGGGUAAAGGUGACAGAUAAUAUGAAGCCUCCGGCUACCGAAAAGAAGGAAAAGAAGCAUAAGAGCAAGGGAGAACACAAGAGCAAGGACAAGAAGGAGAGGAAGCAUGGCAAUAAAGCGGCACUGCGAGAAGAAAAGAAGCAACGCCGGUUGAAGAAGCAGGAAAAACGAAAUGCCAGAAAUGCCCAGUGA